AUGGUAAAGCAGGUCAUGCAAGCCAAACGCAAGGCUAAACACUUUCAACAGGUGCAUAGCACAAUUGUCCGUGUCAACAGUGUCUCCAUGCAACGUCGGCUACGCAAGAUGUGCUGGAAAUUUCAGCCAUCUAACUUCAGCUUUAUGGUGCAAGCGCGCCUGUUGUGUGUCGGCAUGUCGGUCGUGUACCGGCUAUCCCUUUCGCUAACCAUCACAAGCACCUGCUUAUCAAAGACAUCAAGCAGUUCGACGACAUUGAGCGGUGGACACACGACACAAUCGUUGUGGAUCAUCGCAAUAAGCCAGACCAAGUUUCAUCGCUUUUACGCCCAAGUCAAUGCCAUUCUGCACCAUCCAAUUGUAGCACAAUUCCUCGUACUGCCAAAAGAUAUACAGCAGAUGCAGCUGGAAGAUCAUGAUACUGCUGUCGAAUGGGAACCCUUCAAAGUAUUUCUUCAAAUCCUGGCUGAAAAUUUCCAGCGCUACGAGCAUUUGCAUGACGCGGCCUUUUCUAUCCAAGCAGACGUCAACACUAUGCAUGCCGGAAAAACUGACCUCGAGGUCUUUUUAUCGAACUGCUGGAAAUCAUUAGAGGUCAUUGUCCCCGUGCUAGUGGUCGAGCCCUAUCUGCCAACCCCACUGGGGCUUGAGGUUCUUAGUAUCUACCUUCUGAUGCGUGGCUUUUUAUCACUCCCCAAAAGCGUGCUAGACGCGAAUUGCAUGUACGCCGACGCGAUCCUUAGUCUUGAAGAUGUUGAGGAUUUACUGCCUGCACGCGCUGAGUACCCUUGUAGUAUUUGCCUCGAGCCGCUGACAUCAAGCAAAAUGAAGGGGCUUGUACUGCCUGAAACCAAUUACGACUACAACAGCGGCAACAAUAACGGAAGUGGUCAUUACAUCGACAAUGAAUCGACGGUGCCAUCUGUGGAUGGUCUUACUUUUCCAGUGAGGCUGCCGUGUGCCCAUGUCUUCCAUGAAAACUGCGCCAUGUCGUGGUUGCGGUAUAACCCAAGCUGCCCCGAAUGUCGCGCUCCCGUCGGCAUGCAUCUGCAAUAA